CACCACACGGCCGUGCGUUGGGUGUCGUCAACAUUACAAAUCAUUUAUUUAGUAAAGUUUCAGUUUAAUCAUAGAGCAAGGAACAGAAAUGCUGCCUCUCCCGAGAAGUAAACAGUUCUGGAUCAUGUUAACGCAACAGCGGACCGUAAUUUGCAACGUUUUUACGGCAGCCAUGCAAAUCUAAUUAUCAACUAUGGAUCUUGCUAAGCAAGCCUUUGGGUGCAAUAAUUUUGAACUUGCUACGGACAUUUUUGACCAUCUUUUACAAACACACGGACCAAAUAUGGAUUGGCUUAUAGGCAGAGGAGACUCGCUGGCGAGGAGGGGCUCCAUGAAUGAGGCCCUUGGAGACUAUGCUCAUGCCUUCCGAUUAGGGGAAGUCACGCCAGAACGGCUCAAUGAACUUGUAAAUGCCCUUGUUGCGUCUGUAUCGAAAAAGGGCGGACUAACGUCUUCAAUUCAGAGAUGCCAAAGCAAGUUAAAAGAACAGCCUUCGGAUCUGUUUUCCUGUCCGAUAUGUGAGUGUUUACUUUAUGAUCCUACAACUCUUCUGUGUGGCCAUAGUCUAUGUAAAGACUGCCUUCAUAUCUCUCUAGAGCCAAGAACUUGUGCUAAGUGUAAAGUGAACCACUCGCAAUUAGUCAACUCCAACAAGGUGCCAAGAGUUAAUAUUGUGCUUGGAGGACUCCUUGAAAAAUACUUUCCCGAGGAGACGACAGCAAGACGGAGGCGGAUAGAAGGGAACAAACUUUAUGCACAAGGAAAACCGGAAGAUGCAAUAAUGAAAUACACGGAGGCAAUCAAAUUAGUACCUCAUGACCAUCUCGCACUAAGCAACAGGUCCCAUGUAUACACUGGACUAGAGCGCUACGAUGAGGCGCUAUUCGAUGCAGAAGCUGUGUGUGAAAUAAGACCUGACUGGCCCAAGGGUUAUUAUCGUAAAGGCGUGGCCCUGAAGGAACUGCACAGACAAGAAGCAGCCAUGGUGGCAUUUCUACAGAGCUUGACCCUUGACCCUUUCUCUAUCUCUGCCAAGAAGUGUUUAGCCAAGGUCCUUCACAACUUCUUGUCGCCCGUACAACCAGAAUCAAUUAAGUGUCUGGAGCUCCAGCGAAAUUUUGCACGCCAGUUGCGAGCUGGUGCUCCCGUUAGCCCUGGGUUGUCCUCAAUAAGCAUUGCCAAUUUGGCUGAUGAAGUUGCUCUUGGAUUUGAAGCAAUCAAUCGUCUCUUGGUGGUUGAAGAGAAAGAGGAAACAGACAAUUCAGGAUCCGAGGACGGCAAGACAACAGAGGAAGGUGGCGAUGAAGCUGUCAAGACUCCCUUUGGAAAGACCCCAUCUCUACCCGACAAUAAGACAAAUCAAGACAAGUGCCUCAAAACCACACCUUCCACCCCAAGCCCACCCCCAUCUGAGGAUGAAAGCCCACCCCCUGCAAUGUUGGGGUCAGUCCAGGCGGCCACGCGGGGAAGGAAGGAAUUCUCGACGUCGGAGUUGUUGGUGAUGAGGAAGAGGAAGAGAUGCCGGUCUUUGAGUGAAUCUAUGAUGAGUCCAACGAGGAGUGUGGAGUUAAAGUUUGCUCGUUUAGACUUGAUAAAGAAAAUCAGGAGAGUUCCAGAAGAGAAAAUUGACAAAGAAGAUUACGAGUGCAGUCUCUGCUUCAGGUUAUUUCUUGAGCCUCUUACAACGCCAUGUGGUCACACUUUCUGCAAACUCUGUCUGAAUCGAUCGUUGGACUACAGCAAGGCCUGCCCCCUCUGCAAAGACUGUUUAUCUGAUUAUCUGGCAACACGCAACAACACAGUGAAUGAACUUGCACUGCACCUCCUACAGGAAUACCUGGGGGAGGAAUAUCAACAACGAGAACAGCAGCACAAAGAAGAAAUGGAAGCCAUGGCAAAGUUUGUAAGCGACCAAAGCCAGUGUGAAGUCCCAAUCUUUGUGUGCACGUUGGCCUUCCCCACGAUACCCUGUCCUCUUCACAUCUUUGAACCUCGUUACCGCCUCAUGGUACGACAGACGAUGGACUCAGGAGCUCGCCAGUUCGGCAUGUGUCUGCCGAAUCCAAACAACCCAGAUGGUCAUGAGGAUAUGGGUUGUAUGCUUGAGAUCCAACAAGUUCAACAUCUUCCGGAUGGACGCUCAGUCAUCAAGACCAUCGGUGGCCGUCGAUUUAAAGUCUUGUCGACGGGAAUGAGGGAUGGGUACAACACUGCCCUCGUGGAGUUCAUUAAAGAUGUUGAAGUAACUGGUGAUGAAGUUGCCAUUGUAACAGCCCUUGAAUCAGAAGUCUACCAGCAAGCCCAGAGGUGGUUCACAUCCCUACCAAUCUUCCAUCAGACUCGUAUCAUGGCCCACUUUGGUCCCACCCCAACCAGAGAGGCUGAACCCUUGGCUUGUCCUCAAGGACCAUCGUGGACGUGGUGGCUACUAGCAAUUCUUCCCGUCAAUAAACGUAUCCAGACAGGGAUCAUGUCCAUGUCCAGCCUGAAGGAGCGGUUGAACGCCCUGCAGAGGUGCCUUGUCCGCAUUACCGACUUCCAGUUUUGACUAGAAAAUACACCAAAUUUGUUGUGUGAUGAACUAAGUAUAUCAUCUCCUGACGGGGAUGAUUGAACAAGAGUACCUCUGAGGUUUGAUUGCUAUAGUCUACAAGUUAACAUCCUUACAUGCAAUAUGCUGUGGGCUAUCACGCAAAAGGGAACCGAACAGCGCCCCCAGGGAAUGUCCCACAAGGUAUACAGUACUCGAGUAAGAGUGACAACAGCGCCCGAAGCGUACCCAACAAGGAAUACUCAAGAAAGACGGACACCAGCACUGUACUGAUGAUACUCUGGAAUUUUGGAAGUCUUAUAACAUGUGCGGCCAUUUCCUGAUGAGUGUAAGAAACUUGCUGAGCUUAACACCAAAGAUGAGCUGCUUAAAAAAGCAGCAAAGAUUUCAAAGAAACAAGCAACGCUUUCACAGAAGAAGUGAACACAACAUUGCGGAUGCAUUAAAAAAAAAGUCUUGAGGAAGAUUCAGUAAAAAAGUUAAUCCAUGUUAAUGAACCCAUAGAUGAACAAUAAGUUAACUGUCUUUCUUUAUAGCUCAGACAGACAGUGGUUGUGUGCUGUGGCCAGUCGGGCCUUAAUGGGUUAAUACAUAUUAAUCAAAAGUAGGCAAACUGGAUUCAAUUCCAAAAAGAAAGAUUUUAAUUCCUGAAGAAUUUUAUCUUUUACAAGGAAGUUGGAAUGGUUACGAGGGUUCAGUUGGUGAAACCCCAAGUUGCGAUAGACACUUUUUUUCUGCAGCAGUUAAAGCUGCCAUUUUAUAUUUUUCAAAUUAAAAGCUUGUCCCUCUAAAUGCAUUGGGUAGCAAUUUAAAUUGAUUUCUCAGAGUGUAUGUCAGUACGUAUUUAUUGGUCGGACGUCCGAUUUGGGGAGAUAGAUAGUGUGGCAGAUAGGGGAAGUGCUUGGAGGAAUUGUGCCUUUGAUGGAGUUUAACACACAGUGGGUCAUGAGAAAUAAGUUUGGCUUAAGGCCCGUCACUUUGGAUUUUUGAAAAUUCAUGUAGAAUGUAGAAUAGCAAGCAAUAUUCAAAGAAUUCAAAAUGGCUACCAUUGCUUGUUAUCCUACAUUGAUUUUUUUAAACAGAAAAAAAAAUAUACAGCAAAUUAUCUAUCUAGUAAGGUUUGUUGAAACACCAUGUAAUGAUAAUCUCUAAAUGAGUUGGGGUGUCAUGAAAGAAGUUCAUCAGGCUGGUAAAAAAUCAACUUAAAAAAGCAAAUCAUUUCUCUAUGAAACACAGCCAAUACUUUUAAAUUAAUUUUGUGUACGUUUCAACUAGUAUCAUUUUAUGUGGAUGAUACUAGUAAAAACAUUAACAAAUUUUACGUAAGUAUUUGCUGUGUUUCAUAGAAAAUUCAUUCGCUAAGUGGAGUUGGGUUGGUUCUGAAAAGAACCGUAUGUUAUGGCAGACUGUGUUUUAAAUUACGUGCCUGUUAAAUCAAAGGAACAAUCCCAUCACUUACCUUACCUGCCUUACUCAUGCCUGUUAAAUCAAAGGAACAAUCCCAUCACUUACCUUACCUGCCGUACUCACGUAGCAAUUGUACAUAUCAUAACUUUUUUUACUUGAUUUCAAAUUGGUUUAUUUUAGAUAAUAUUGUAUUUGUUACAAUGGUGUGUAUUUUUCUUAAUUUUUAAGUUAAUCAAACAGACCCAUGAAAGUAUAAAACUAAAUUCAGCUCUUUAACCUACUGUCUGAACAUUCAAUAUCAUUCAUUUCGGCUUUGAAUGAUAGAUUAACUAUGUUAGCCUGCAGUAUAGUAUCAUUUGGUGAAUGCAUCUAAGCUAAGUAGUAUAUUCCACUUGUUAGUUUCUUCUGUGCACAGUUCUUCCACCACUUACAAACCAUUGUGCAGUCAAAUGUUUUAAAAUAGUUGGUUAAAUCGCUUGGAAAUGGAACAACAAGUAAAAAAACUAGUGUAGAAUCAUCCUGGCAUGUUCACCAAAAGAGUUGUGUUCAGGUUGCAUGAAAAAUAAUCUACAAACAUUAAACAAAUGAAAAGAAAAAAAUAGGCCUAUAACAAAGCAAAGAGAUUGUAAACUCUUCCAAAUAAACACUCACUGCACUGUGGUGUGAAGAACGCUAUUUUGUCUUUAAUCAACAACUGCAACUCAGAGUUGAGAUCUCAGUCAAUGCAUAUUUAAACUAAACACUGAUACAUGCCUAAACCGUUAUCUAUUUCUUUGUCUGAAAAACUUAAAGAUAACAGGAACAAAAUAAUAGAAAACUGUAGAAGUGUUAAAAGGAAUUCCCAAGUGGUUAAAAUGUAGAUUACCUCAACAUGUAUUUUCACUUUUCAAAUUUUGUCUUUAAAAAAAACCCCACGGUAUUAUAUAUUUUGUUUGAGUAAUCAAUCAUUGAUCAAAACGUCAUACUGCAAAUCAAAAAGCCUGACAAACAUCAAAACAUCCAAAAAGUAUUAAUAAUGGCAAACAAGUCUUUCUCAAGGGCUCUCAAUGUGUAUCAACACGUUUUAAAAUCACGUUUACCGCACCUGAAUAACACCUUUGCUAAUUGGGCUGUUAUGACAUGCAUUCUUGUGUGUGGCACGUGUUGUGUGUUGCUUAAUGACUGAAUGAAGGCACACAUGCA